AGCGUGUGGUCACACACACACACACAAGUUAUAUGCAAAGAAAUUAUUGUUUUAGUGGGCCACCUACGCACCUGCCCAGAGGAAUGUUUUAUCAGUAUAUUGCAUGUGGGGGGUACCACCAAUGGCAUCCACUCACAUACCAUUGAUACCAGCAGGGGAUGUGGCCAGUGGUGUGGAAACCUCCAGAGGUUUGGGAACAGUCAGUACAGAAGAAACCUUCUCUGGUGCUGCUUAUGUCUCUGUCCGGUGGAAAUACAGACGUGCAUCUUAUCUGUACCAUGAAAAAAUAUUGACAUUACUGAAAGUGAAGAGAAAUGAAACCCACACUUUAAAGCUACAUGACAUGUGCAGCUCACUUUACUUCCCUGUGCUGUGACAAGAGGCCAAAUUUCCAGAUGGAAACGAACGCCACUGUUUCUGUGAUCAGGGGGGGUCCUGAAAGUGCAGCAGAUGCACAGUCCUUUGAAAAUUAUUACACGAGCUUAAAACAGUUGAAUGUUUGAGCCGCUCUCUCCUCAGACUGGAUGCAGCGGUCCCUCAUAUCGGGGCUCUCCGUUUACAUUAUUCAUACAGAGGAGGGUGUGACUUGUUGGCUCUUUUUUCCGCCUGUAUAAAACGAGAAGUUCGCGUAAAAGAAAAUACAGAUGGAGAAGGCUAACCGGCUCGCUGUGUCACAGAGAGUCCCCUCAAGCCGACGUGACAACUCACAUACUGUCCCUUUGUGACCAGCUUAAUCGGCAGAAUGCCCGGUCUCUGUGUGCUUUGUCUCGCCGCCGCGCUGGCUGCGUUCGUCCGCCUCGCCGGCACCGUGGGGCCGGUGGUCCGAUGCGAGCCGUGCGACGCCGGGGCGCUCCUGCUGUGCAAGCCGCUACCGAAGGACUGUGCGGAGCGGGUAAGGGAGCCCGGCUGCGGCUGCUGCAUGACGUGCGCCCUCGGAGAGGGACAGGCGUGUGGAGUGUACACGGCGCGCUGUGGCUCCGGUUUGACCUGCCAGCACCAGCCGGGGGAGAGCCGACCACUGCAAGCUCUGCUGGAGGGACGGGGAAUGUGCUCCAGCGCCGCGUCCAAAAAGCUCAACAGCAUUCUCAUACCGGCACAAAAACACGAUACAAAUCAGGUAGAAGAAGGCUUUGCCAACGUGACCGCGACGAUGACGGUGUUGCCCGGUGUGGCGACUGUAAAAGGAGGGCACAGUCGUGGGCCGAUGGACACCAGGCCUCCACUGCACAACAAAUUGAUCCAGAAAAAUCAGAACAGGAAGACUCAGAGUUACAAGGUGGAAUCAAUGUCAGGAGGAGCCAACAUGGACAUUCACAACUUCUCCCUGGAGAACAAGAGGGAGACUGAGUAUGGGCCGUGUCGGCGGGAGAUGGAGAGCAUCCUGAGCAGUCUCAAAAUCAGCAACGUGCUCAACCCGAGAGGCUUCCGCAUACCCAACUGCGACAGAAAGGGCUUCUACAAGAAAAAACAGUGCCGUCCGUCCAAAGGCAGAAGGCGGGGCUACUGCUGGUGCGUGGACAAAUACGGGCAGCCUCUGCCCGGCUAUGACGGCAGGGAGCGGGGCGAGACGCAAUGCUACAACCUGGAGAGCAAAUGAGAGGACGGAGGGACGCCCAGUGGACGGAGAGAGGAGGACAGAGAAUGGGGGGGGGGGGGGCAGAGAGAGAGAAGGAAAGAGAGCCUACUUCGCUCUUGCAUGUAGUUUUAUGUAAACAUAUGAAGGGGCUCUGGACCUUUGAUUUCAGGUCUCAUUUCUGUCAGAGAGUCGGGGACAGAAUGGGGGGGGGGGGGGAGCACGUCCUCUGCGACCAGCCACGUCGCCUGUCCAUCGGAGCUGUCUGUCCUGUGCUUAGGGAGCCUCUAUCCUUUCUUUAAAAAAAUUAAGCUAAAAUCUGAGAGAGAAGGGGAAGAAAGAGAGAAUCCUACCAUCUGCACUAUUCUGUUAGAGAGAGAGGAAGGAGGGACUUUUCCACUCACUUUAAAGAGGACUUGUUUGUGACUGUGACCCGAAAAGAAUCGCACCACCGCCAUUCAUGUUGUGUGUAUGUGUCUGUCUGAGAGUCUGUGUGUGUGUGUGUGUGAGCACCUGCAUAACAUUCGUGUGCAUAGCUGCAUGUCUGCGCGAGUGUGUCUUCUCCCAGAAGUGUUCAUUUGUGUAAAUACUGUACGUUACUAAGCUCAGUUUAGAGAUGUCAGACUGCCCAUUCAUAAGCCCCCCUGCUCCAUUAAACGACGCAGAAAAAAAAACUCUGGCUCAGGGUCCAUUUUGAAGUGAAGGAUUAUGGGAUAGCAGCAGCCCUCCUUGCCACCUCUGCUAUUGGAAAUUCAAUGGAGGCAGUCUCAGUGCCUUAAAACCUGACCUUUCUGUACCUCCUCUCCCCUUGACCCUCCGUAGUCCUGGAGAAAAGGCAUACUUCACUGAAAAUCUGCCUUGUGAUCAUGAAAUACUCGGCGGCCCGGCUCAGAAAAAUGUGAAGCUGUGCCUUGGAUUCACAGCAGCUACAAUAAAUUGGAAGGGAAAAAACAGCGUAAAAACAUCUAUGCAAAAUGUCCAUCCACUUCCCCAGUGUUGACCCGAGUGCCGGAAGCUUCACGAGCUCUCGCUGUGCAGUUAUAUUCUGGAUAAACUGAAAGUGUUUGGAACAAAUCAGUGGAGAACUGGACCAAGACGCAAAACGUGCCAAAAUAUUAGCUUGAUUCCAAACCUCUGAACUGCUGCCCACCUCUCGGUUCAAGCAGGUCUGGUGUCGCGCUCACCGAGAGCCAAUCAGAGCUUCAUAAUGGAUGGAGACGUAACAGUACAACUUACAGAAAUAACUUUUCAAUCAGUCUGACAAAAUGUCAUCUGUUUUCACAUCAUCCAUGUCAACACGGAUGAAAGACGUGACGAUUACGUUACCCACUAACAGCGGGUCAACAUUUAGCAGUGAACGCGGGCGCAUCAGAUUAAAUAAUGAAGCAAACUUGAAAAAGCAAUCAUGUCUGACUUUACAAAAUACGCUUAAAAACACAGCUUUCGUUGACGCUGGCACACUCAGCUGUUUACAGCACGAGUGUGUGACACCUGGGUCAUGCUGUGAGAGGUUGUCCACGGUAACUGCUGUGAAUCUGCCGGGAAUGAGCAACUUUUCCGAGCCACUUUUCAAGCUGACGGGGGCGAGUAUUUAGUAGUCAGAAGACAGGUUUUUUGGUGGAGUAUUAUUUUGAGGUGCUGCUGUGUCUUCGGGAUCCGUUUGGUCAGCUUAGUCUGUCCUCUGUCUUUCUUUCCCACCACUCACUGUUCCUGUCCACGCGCAUGUUCCUGAUCUGCUCCCCGUCCUCGUCCCCUGUCCUCAUGCAGCUCCUGUGCCCCGUCCUCGUCCCCUGUCCUCAUGCAGCUCCUGUGCCGAGAUCCCGCCACGUCUUGUCUCAGACUUUGUCCUCGUCUGUGUGCCUGAUCCCGUGUCCUGCCCACUAACCCGAGCUGUUCCUCCCCACUCCAGCACCCUGCCCGCCUCCGGUCCUCUUCCUGUCAGUGGUGCCACCUGGUGUAAGCUUGUCUGAACGGGUCGAGCCCGGUGUGACCGGCCGCCCCCUACGCUUCAAGCCCAAGCACAAGCACUUAAAGCACUUUAGCUGCGCCGCGACUCGUCAGUGCAUGCAGUUAAAGACAAUUGGACCUUUCUGCAUCUGCAUACCUUUCCUUUGAGGUAAUGUCAGAUGAAGCAGUAUGAUACUGUAAGAAAACAAUAAUAAUCCAGGAAGGAGAGGAAACAAAAGAAAGAAAACGAAACAACACCAGGACUUCUGACAGCGAACACCCCUCAGACGUUUUCCGUUCAAUGCAACUAUUUUCUUUUUGUUGUUGUUGUUGUUGUUGUUUUUGUUUCUUUGAGAAAAUGCUUGUAUGAUCGUAUGCCAACAAAUCUCCACAAGGUGGACGCAGCACCAAAUAUGCAUUCACACAAGUGGCAGGGGGUCCGAGGGAGGAGGCAGGGUCCUCCCCGACCAGCUUCCUGCCGAUGCUGUCCCCACAUCCUGUGUAAAGACUUGAAAAGUGGAGAGAGUGCCGACAACGAAUGCUUGCCCAGUAGCUUGGUAGCAUGAAAUCGGCUGUACACUUUCCUCUGAUAGACAGCAGCAACUCACAACCAGCCUGUUGGUGCUACAUCACAUCUAUUCAAAGACUUGAUGUAAGGGGAGGAACAUACAUAAAAAUGUGUCUAAGCUAUUCCCUCCCGAAUAUUUCUAAGUGUGUCUUCAUAUAUAUAUAUAUAUAUAUAUAUUAUAUAUAUUAUUAUUAUUAUUAUUAUUAUUAUUUCCUGGCCAGCUACGUGUCUGACUAGACAUCAUGUACAGUACUUAAAAAUAAAAAUUAUUUAUCUAAGAAAGAAUUAUAAGCUGAUCCAAACUAGGUUUUCCUAUGAACAAUUCAGUGACUCACCGAUUGCACAGCAAAGUCUUUAUGAUUCAGUGUAUUUUGGGGACUAUAAUCACUAAUGAAUGUUUUAUUUUUUAAUGAACCUUUUCCUUCUGUUGCUCAGCAGUGUCGUUUGUAAGCUCCGUGCCCAGCAGGCGAGUUUUUCAGCUUCGGGCAAAAUCUGUGUCAGUCGGUCACUCAGGUCUCUGGUCGUCUUAGUUCACUGCUUCUUAAGGUCAGUGAACCUCUCACCUCUCAGUAAGUCUCUCCAUGCACACCCAGCCAUCCCGCCUCAGUCUGUUAGCGCAGAGCCAGGGUCACACUUCUGUCACUUUUUAUCUCUUAUUAUUAUUAUUAUUAUUAUUUGUUUUUCCCUGCUGGUCACGUUAAGAAUCUCUCUGUUCACGGGUAAAAAUGUAUUUUGUUUUUCAAGUUUAUCCUUCAAAGAGUUCGUUUUUUUGUUUUUUGAUUCAAACUUUUCAUGAUACUAAACUAGAAUUCACACAGCUAUUAUUUUCUCUGAGAACAGGAAAUGAUUUUGAUUCAAAGUAUAAUUUGUAUUUAAUGUCCUUUUUUUAAAAAUAAAAAGUGAACACAUUUUAAGA